AUGGCUCCUGCCGCGCCCGGUGGGUGCUGGCAACCGCAGUCCCCCGCCACAGCCACCAGCACCGACAGUCUCAGCGCCUCAUCCGCCGCCAGUCCCGGCGGCUGCAGCAGCAAUAGUAGUUUGGCGGCAGGAGAACCAGAGGCGGCGAGCUUGUCACCGCGCACGAGUAACUCUGGAAGCGAGUCGGCGGGGUUUCUAUCCUCUCCUCGGACCUUUGCCCCUCCUCUAGAGCCGCAAACCCUCGCGGGGAAAUGGCUCCUACGGCUGCUUGCGUCGGUUCCGGCUAUGGUACCAACUGCGGUCGAUGCCGAGUUGCGAAGACUGCAGGAGGAAGCGGCAGUUGGCGAAGGUGCUAACGACUUUAGCGACAGAACCAGUUUCGUCGACGAAUCCGUUUUCGCCGUGCUAGGGCGCGCAAACGGCGCGGCCGCAGUGUCAUUGAAUCUAAUCCAAGGAGAAUCUAUAGACGAAGCUCGAUGGGUGGAUGAGGCAAACUUACUACAAAGCCGCAUCUGGCGCCUCCAACGCCGCGACCAACAUGACGAGCUUCAAGAGCUCCUUUACGCGUUAGUAGCGCUCCAAUUCGUUUCACAAGGCCAUACGCCGCUUCUCCGCACGUUGCCUUUACUACCCGCGCUCCCGCCGUCUCCUUGGCAACGAGUUAACACCUACAACCGCGAUGACACCAACAGCCGCACAACCACCGCUAACUCCAACAGCCGCGAUAACCUCAGCGCUUCGACGGCAGUUUCUCGGGUUGCCGCUAACUCAUCCGCCACUUUCUUUACCAAUCAGUCGGCCGCCGUGACUCCCGCCGCUUCAGCCGCCGCCGCUUGCUGCACGGGUCUGCGUAAGAUGCUCUCGCCGACCGUCCGAGGGAUGGUUUCGCGACACCUGGCGAUGGUUAUGGCGAGCCAGCUGGAGCAAGCGCCACGUGGCGUUCCUACCAGCGGGAACGACGGAGACAGGAGUAGCGGCAACAGCGCGAAUAGCGGCGGCAUUAGAGGCACUAACGCGGAAAGCAGUGGCACGAGCGGUAUAAGGAACGUCGGCGCAGUGGCACGGCCGUACGGUCCGGGGGUUCUAAAGAGCUCGCGACUGCGGCUAGGUCAAAUUUACGCGUCGUCGAUAACCUAUGGGUAUUUUCUCCGACAGGUGGACUUACGACUGGAACUUGAAGCGUGCUGGCAGCUAAACCAAGCGAGUCUCCUGGAAGGAAUGUUGCUGCUGGCUGGCGGGGAAAACUGCGAACAGUACCAGCAGCAGCAGCAGCAGGUGCCUGUCAAGCGGGCUCUAGAACAGACUAGCAGACCAACAGCGGGAGGGGCGGCGGAAUCCUCGGGUUCUACUGGAGCAGCUUCUUCCGUAUUAGCCUCCUCUCCGGGUGAAAUCCGGCGAGUGUCACCCGGUCGCGAGCUGCCAAGCCUGGACGGAGAGGUUACCGGCUCGCAGGCUAGGGAAAGUGCUGAGACUAUUAGGUCUAAAGUUGGAGCGGCCCAGAUUCAGCGGAAUUAUCUGGAGCGGUGCUGGCAUGGGGCUUGUGAUGGGACCGCGGGGGGCGCGGGGAACGCGGGAGGGGGAAUGCGGAAGGCGGACAUUGGCGCGUACUUGCGCAGGAUGGAUCCUGGUUUGAUUCGGCAACUGAGCAAGAUCCACAGCAGGGAGUCGCUUAGGGUGAUUGAAAGGCACACUGAAGCGCUGUUCGGUCCUCCUGUGUGGGAAGAGGGAGCCGACGGUUCCCUGGCAGUGCGUGAUGAGGUGGUGUGGCUGACUGCGGGCGGUGUUGAGCGGCUGGUUCUGGAAGCUGUGGCUUUUGGGUGCGCUUUGCAGGAUGCGGAAGAGUAUGUGCACUCUAUUCACUCCAUCCGGUGA